AUGCCUCAAACCCGCACACGUCGUAAACCCACCGUCGCCCCACCGCGCGUCUUCUCUGCCCACUUCGUACCGCACGUCAUCAAACCAAAUGCCAAACGUAAACAACCUCUGGUCUGGCCUUCCGCUAUUGCCGCCGACCAGCCCGAUGACGACCGCCUGUCAUGCCUGGGUCUCCCCCUCUCUCUUCCUUACGAGGUCGAGUCCCUCGCGGAUAUGGACGCUCGCCUCGAGGUAAUCGUUACCCGCUUGGUGGAGUGUGUCAAGGCCCGCGAGUGGUCGAUCGGGUUCCGCAUGUGGACCUCCGCACUUAACAUAUGGAUAAGCAUGGGAUACCCCAUGAAGAAGGAGAUCAAGGUUCGGCUCAUAUUCCUUUUCUACGAGAUCCUCUUUAUUCCGGGGCUGAGCACGUCCUUUGUUGAAGACCGGGCCAAUGACCUGACCGCGUUCCUGAGUGACCGGUCCUUGACCAUCCACGACUUGCGCAUGCCGUGGCGCCCGCUGUACGAUGCAUUGUACAACGAGCUGUUCCCCCACCCCAACAAACUCGCGCGCCAUACCGUCAAUUUGGCUCCAGUCUACCUCAAUGUCGCCGAGACGGCCCAGAGAUUCUUCCACCCCGGAGAGGUGGACGAGAUGCUCGAGGUCAUUUUGCCUCAGUUUGACCCGAGCAUGGACUCGAUUUUGGCGACGCAGCUCUUCCUUGUUCACUUCCUUCCCAUCACUCACUGCGAGAAGUGGCUGCCCCUUGUGUUCCGGAUGUGGUACGGCCUUAACAGCGGCCUGUGGGACGACCAGGCUUCCGACCUGAUCGGCCAGUUGGCGAUCACCCAUGUCGACCCGGCUCGUUCAGAUCCCUCCAUUCUUAGUCGCAUUCCGCGCGGCCGCACUAACACUCUCGAAGAACAGGCUCGCAACCCCUCCACCCGAAAGGCCUAUCGCCAACACAAGGCGCGCUUGCUGGACGUGGAAGGAAAGAUUGCCGAGGACGAUGAUGGCCUCAACUAUUGGGUCGACCCCGACCUCCUUCCACCCGAGGAAGGCCUAGGGGAUCCGAACUGGCGUGGCAUCCGCAAAGAUGUUGGCGUGUUCACGGAUGAGCAAUUCGAGUUCAUCAUGUCCAAGUGUCUGCGAUCCCUGAACGUGCCCGUGGGAGGGAGCCUGGCGUCGCAGAACAGCAUGUCCAUCACUGCUGCUGACGCGCGUACGAGUAAGAAGAUCCUUGACGCGAAAAAGCCCAUCGACCGCACUCAGAGUCUCGCUGAGGUCAUCAUUUACAGCAUGGCUGAGGACUCACCUAACGGCUACACUGCCAUGUCGAGAUCCGGCAGUACCGACUCCCUCGCCGCUGCCGGUGAGCGCAUCGAAGCCAGCAAGCGGUAUCUCGCGGGCUCCAAGGCACUGGACCACCUCUCCAACCUGAUCACAAGUUGCGAAACCUUUUUCCACCCCAGUAACGCUGGCCCGUGGUCCGCUUUCUUGACUGCUUUCCUCUCCCACCUCACCAACAACUUUGUGCAGCGCUGGAAGCAGGAGGAGGAGCCGUCAUGCAAGACGCCUCCUGAGUGGCGCCUCACGCCGGAGAUCAAGCGCGCCUUCGUGCUCUGCCUCCGCCCCGUCGCGCUGUCAGCCAUGUUCAACAAGGACAUGGAGUCGGCUCAGCCUGCCAUCUCGACUCUGCGUCGCCUGGCGCUCCUCGAGCCUGACUUGGUCAUGCCUGCGAUCAUGGAACGCGCCGUACCGUCGCUGCAGGGUCUGGAGGAGACUCAGCGCACGGCUUCAGUCACGUUCGCUGUCGCUGCUGUUGCCUUCCCCAUGGCAGGACGUCAGCUGUGGCGUUACGGUGGCAUGUAUGUCGCCGACAUCUUCACGCUGCUCCUGCCCGGUAUCGACCUCAAUGACCCCACAAAAACUGGGCUGUCAUGUAUGGCAAUCUGCAACAUGGUCGACUACAUCCGCAUCGCCGACAUUUCCGAGGUCGACGAGGACAAGGCAAGGGCUGUCAAACCUGGCUCACGUGCCCUGCGCACCUCCCCCCGCAUAGUUGUUGAAGACGACCCGAACGACCCAAUCACCAACGACUUUGAGUCUCUCAACGACGACGAGGUCAACGAGCGCGUCCGUAUGUCGACCGCUGCCUUCCGGGAAUGGGUACCAGAGUUCCUUGGUCGCGUCCUUCUCCUGUUCGCUAACCUUCCCGAGGAAGGCGGCAAGACUGGCCGAGCUGGCGGCAAGACGGAAAUGUUGACUUUGCAGAGUGUGCUGCACACUUGCGGUGCCAUUUUCGCUGCGCUGGACGACAAGCUCUUUGACGCUGCUCUGGAGCAAGUUGUCGAAUACGCGACUACUACGACUCGCUCUAAUGCUGUGGACGCUGUGGGCGAGCUCAUCAAGAACCUGUCAGCAGCCAACGCGACCAAGGUGUUUGAGCGGCUUUUCCCAAUCUGUCGCCAGCGUAUCAUCAGCGAGCUCAAGGCGGGCGCAUCGUCUACCCGAACCACCACCACCUCCAUUCCCAGGCCGUCGGACGCACCACUCCACUGGUGGCAGUCCAUCCUCUACGGCCUGCUGGUGCCUGGACGCCUCAACCUGCCCAAGCAUCGCGCAGACUAUAUCGAUCUGCUCAAGGUUAUGCUCCAGAAUACCUACUCGGAGCGUGGCUGGGCCUGGACCGGCAAGAUUGUCGAGAAGACACUCAGCUGCCUCACGGCUCUUUACCUCGAGGAGAUGAACCUGCUCAAUAAGCCUGACCGUGACAGCGCGGACUUUAAGCUCAACCACACUCUCUGGUGGGGCAAGCUGUACCGCGCCAACGAAGCGCUGCCGCAGUGGAAGCGUCCGAACGACGCCGACAUUGACAUGGCUUUGGAAGUUGUCGGCCUCGCCGACGAGGCGGUCACUACGCUCGAAGCUCUUCUUGAGACGCGCACCGGCGAUCAAGUGUGGAUCAACGACUUCUGCCGUGCCAUGAACCUCGUGGAUGAAGUGUUGCUGGGAACAUACUCGCUCAUCCAGGAGAGAGAGGAGCUGAAGAAGGGCGGUAGAGUGGCACCGUCCUACAUCCCCCCGGAGCUGUGGAAGCUCCUGCCGCCGUACAAGGCAGGCUUCCUCCUGACGGACCCCAACGACCCGCGCUACCAGCGUGUAAUGCAGUUCCGCACGCGCACUGGAGAGAUGCUGCACCGCGCCGCCGAUAUCAUGCGCACCGCCGGUGACUCGGACAGCUCAGUCGACAGCGUCAAGCUUCUCGUCGCAACGAUCGGGUCGUGGCUUGUCUCGUACGGCAUGCGCUCUAAGAAGUACCAGGGCGCGUCGGCGGCUUACGAGAACCUCCAGGCCAGCAAACGCAUGUAUGAGGGUCAGCGCAAGCAACACCGCUCCGUACUUUUGGGUGCCGCACAGGUGCACCACAGCAACCGUCUCAUGACGGCCAGCUACUACCGGGUCCGCUCGGAGCUGGACGACAAGCUUAUUACAAGCAUGCUCGAGUUCUGUCUCUCGCCGUUUGUGCGCAUUCGUCGCCGCGCGCAGUCGCAGCUUGACUCGAUCACCAAGACAUACCGUGGCUCGUGGGUUCUCUGCUUCCCCACGCUCUUCGACGCGCUCCAGCCCGGGAACGACCCAGACCGCAUGAAGGGUGCACUCUACGUGCUGCGCUACAACAUCGUCGGUCUCGCACGCAUGGCGCGCGAUUGGCGCGGCUUGGUCGACCUGGUUGACUGCCUUCUCGGCGCGCACCACGAGACUAAGGCCUCCAUCCAGACGUUGGUCGGUAAAGCGAUCGACGAACUCCUCUCUAAGAUGCGCGAGCCUGUCAUGUUCAGGCUCAAUCUGAGAGUCGAGGCGACUGACAAGGCCGCCGACGAUCUGAUUGCUGUGACUGGUGGCCCUAUCAAGCCCAGCGAAGCGGUAAUCAGGGCCACAGAUGAGGGCGAGGUUGCCCGCUUGGCUUUCCAGGACGAGCAGUACGACACUCUUGUGGACCACGUUCGUGCCACCACUGAAGACCCGACAUUGAACUGGAGGUACCAGCAGUCCGCCGCGCGCUUCCUGUAUUCACUCACGCGCCGCGACCGUCCCACGGACCCGCGCCUGCUCGAGUUCUUCCUCACCAAUGUUGGAAACUCUCAUCCCCGCAUCCGCGACUACGGAUCAGCGGGUCUCACCCGUAUACUGUUCCAGGCGACCAUGCGCACCUUUGCUCAGGACUCGCUCGAGCGCCUCUUCCUGCAAGAGCCUUACGACCCCUUCGCCCGCACCCUCGACCUCACGAACGUUGGGCCCGACUUCACGCAGAAGUACCUUGCCGCCUUCCGCGAGCCACCUCAGGACGACUCGGUGCUCCAGGACCGCAUCGACACUGGAUGGCUGUGCUGGGGACGUGAGAUGGAAGUGUCGCGGUUCUCCGGCUGGGACGAGCAAGUCUUCCACCUUGAGCCAGCCUGCAAGCCGGCAGUUGACCUUGUUCAGAACACGAUCAACGAUCCGGCAUGGUGGCAGCGUCUGUCCGACUUCUGGUCGCAAGAGGAGACACGUAACUAUCCCUCCGCAAACCACAUCGACCUCAUCCUGUCGCUCUGCCAGGUGAUCGGUCGCCCGAUCCUUGACCAGAUCAAGCCCAUUGUCACAAAGAUGCUCGCGGACAUGGACGCCAAGAAGGUCUAUGAUCGCCACAUCACUCGUGCCAUGUGGGAGCUUCUUGCUGGUCUGCUUCGCGGUACCUGGGAGUGGCCCGGCAAGGAUCGCAAGGAAUUCUGGGACUGGUUCACGCCGUUGCUGCCGGAGCUGUUCCGCAACAUUCGUCAGGACACGGUCAAAUGCUGGGACAUCACUGUGGAGUACGUUCUCCACGAGCAGGACCCGCGCCGCUACAAGCCCCUGGUUGACUUUAUGCUCGACACGGCCUUGGCCGCGGACUUCCAGGGCGGCUCGGCGUUCGACCUCAGCCGUCGCGUACAGCUCUGUCGCUCGGUGCUGCGCUGUCUGCGCUGGCGCUUCGAGGCAUGGUCACCUGAAUUUGCGCAGCUCUAUUUCAAGGCGCUCGACUGCCCGUACGCCGACGUCCGCGCGCUGAUAGGCUCGGUCCUCAACGGCCUCGACCAGCUCAAGUGGAACGCCUCGUAUCCGUCGGCGCAUGCCCUUGUGGACGCUGUAUUGGCCGACCCCGAGUGCAACUUGGACAUCAUGGGUAUCCGUAACCCGCCCUUCCAGUCACAGUUGACGGAAAUUGUCGCCCGCCUCCAGGAGCUGCGCAAGGAGCGUCCUCACGGCCCCAAGGCUGUUAUGUCGGCUCACGACACGACGGCGGUGACAAUGAUGCACUGGCUCACGAUUGAGCUUUCGGAUGUGCAUGCCGUCGGCACAUUCCCGUAUCUCAUCCCCAUUCUUCCGGAGAUCUUCGAGCUGCGCGAGAUGAACGACAACAACGAGAUGCAGGCCAUAGCCGGCCGCCUUCUCGCCUGGAUAACCUCGAUCACACCAGCGUUCCAGCUGGUUGAACCGCUCAUGAUGCAGCUCAUCUCCAUUCUGCAACACUCGACAUCGUGGCGCACCAAGAUGCACUGCAUGCCAGUGCUGUCCCUCACGUACUUCCGCAACCUGUCGCUGUUGUCGGAGCCGUGCAAGGCCAAAUGUCUCGACGUCAUCUCCACGUGUCUCAAGGACCUGAACCAAGAGGUGCGCGAGAUGGCGUCGGUAACUCUGGGCAGUUUCCUUCGCUGCUCGCAGCGCUCCAUGGUGAUCGUCCUCAAGGACCGAUUCACGCGGGAGAUCAACACCAUCAAGGUUCCUCGCCACUUCCUCGAGCCUGGCGUCGUCAAUCCAGCGUACCAGGCCAAGAUUGUCGAACUGCACGCUGCUGUACUUGGCGCAGUCGCGAUCGUCGAGGCAUUCCCCUACACCGUCCCCAAGUUCAUUCCCCCCCUCCUGGCCGAUGUGCUCGCGCCUCGCGUCUCGGAGCCGAUGCCCAUCUCCGCCACUAUCCGGACGAGCAUCGCCUCCUUCAAGCGCACCCACGAGAAGUACCAGGAACGCAUGUCCGAGGACCAGUUGUCGUCGAUGAACUACGCCCAGGCGGGCAACUCAUACUGUGAGCUUGCAGUGAGGUACAAGCUAACCUGCAGACGUUUAGUGCAUGAAGAGAGAAGGCAAGAACAAGUAGAGAAGUGCAUGUGGCAGUGUCAGCAACUGUGA